UCGACAGCGUUCCGGAAGAGGGAAUUCAAAUCGAGCAGGGCGCACUUGUCUGCAGCGGAGUUUCUAAACACAAACAAUGCAGAGACCGGGCAAAGGGAAAACUCCUCGGAGGCCGGGCCCAAAAAAGACUUCCAGCGUAGAGAAGGAUCCUGUUGGAGUAUACUGCCGUAUCCGUCCUCUAGGAGCCGAAGAUGAGGAAUGUUGUAUUGAGAUGAUCAGCAGCUCCACUAUUCAGCUUCACCCUCCUGAUGGCCUUAAAGCGAACCGCAACGGAGAAUACAAAGAGACGCAGUACUCCUUUAAGAAAGUGUUUGGUAUAAAUACCAGUCAAAUUGAGUUGUUUGAGGAUGUUGCCAAGCCUCUGGUGGAAGACCUCGUUCAUUCCAAGAACGGUCUGCUCUUUACAUACGGUGUUACUGGAAGCGGUAAGACGUUCACCAUGACUGGCUCACCCGGGGAAGGCGGAUUACUCCCUCGCUGUCUGGACAUGCUCUUCAACAGCAUCGGACCCUGGCAGGCCAAACGAUUUGUGUUCAAACCUGAUGACAAAAAUGGAAUGGAGAUCCAGAAUCAAGUCGAUGCUCUCCUAGAGAGACAGAAGCGGGACAGUCAGCAGUCCGUGCCCAAAACGCCAUCGUCCAGGCAGAAGGCUGAUCCAGAGAUUGCAGAUAUGAUCAGCUCAGAGGAGGCGUGUAAAUCUGACAAUGUGGAUGAAGACUGCUGUUACAGCGUCUUUGUUUCCUACGUCGAGGUCUACAACAAUUAUAUCUAUGAUCUCCUCGAAGAUGCUCCAUUUGACCCAAUCAGACCUAAGUGGCUCGGUGGAGGCACGCCUGUACGGAAUAAUGAGUUCAUACCACCUCAAUCCAAACUUCUCCGAGAGGACCAGAAUCACAACAUGUAUGUUGCCGGCUGCACAGAGGUCGAAGUGAAGUCCACAGAGGAGGCUUUUGAAGUGUUUUGGAAAGGCCAAAAGAAAAGGAGGAUAGCCAACACUCAACUAAAUCGUGAAUCCAGUCGCUCCCACAGUGUGUUCAUGGUGAAAUUAGCCCAGGCUCCGCUUGAUGCUGAUGGGGAUCACAUUCUACAGGACAAAAACCAGGUGAACGUGAGCCAGCUGUGUUUGGUGGACCUGGCAGGCAGCGAGCGCACCAGCAGAACCCGGGCAGAGGGAAGCCGUCUCCGUGAAGCAGGAAAUAUUAACCAGUCCUUGAUGACACUGCGCACAUGUAUGGAAGUCCUGCGUGAAAACCAGAUGUGUGGAACUAAUAAGAUGGUGCCAUACAGGGACUCUAAAGUUACACACCUGUUUAAAAACUACUUUGAUGGAGAAGGAAAAGUCCGGAUGAUUGUGUGUGUCAACCCAAAGGCUGAUGAUUAUGAUGAAACUAUGCUGGUGAUGCGUUUUGCUGAGAUGACCCAGGAGGUGGAGAUUGCUCGGCCAGUUGACCGGCCUAUCUGUGGCCUUGCUGCUGGACGCAGACACAGAAACCAGGUCUUCAGAGAUGAGCUGUCACGUCGCCUAGAAGAGAGGGGAGGUCCGAAUAAUGCCGAUGACCAAAGUUUAAUGAGUCAGCUCAUAGAAAGCCUUCCAGCCCUCCCUCCCUGUGAGCUGGCUGACCCAGCUGAUGAUAUGACGUUGCCCCGCCUGAUUGAGGUCCUGGAAAGGAGGCAUCGAAUCCGUCAGAUGAUGACAGAGCAGUUCGACAAAACUGCCACUACUCUGAAAUCCAUGAUUCAGCAGUUUGACAGUCAGCUUAAUGCAAAGGAGAACUUCCUUCAUGACCAACGAAGCAAACUGAGUGAGAAAGACAAAGUCAUCAUCAACCAGAGAGCGGAGUUAGAACGACUAGAAAAAAAAUCCAAAACAUUAGAAUAUAAGGUCGAUAUCUUGCAGAAGACUACGGACAUGUACGAACAGGACAAACGCUCCCUUCAGCAGGAGCUGGAGACCCGGGAGCAGAGGCUGCAUAGAGAGCUGUCAGAGAGGAGGCGCAUGGAGCAGCGCAUGCAGGGGGUGAUGACAGACACCAAACUCAAGUGGGAGAAGGAGUGUGAGAGGCGGGUAAAUGCCAAGCAGAUGGAGAUGCAGAACAAGUUGUGGGUGAAGGAUGAAAAGCUGAAGCAGCUCAAGGCCAUAGUGACGGAAAGUGGCAGUGGGGGUGUUGGCUUUCCCGUCGAGCGCCAAGAGAAGCCUGAGAGGCCUUCGAGAGGGAGGGAUCACAACGUGGCUCAGAGGAGGUCUGCCUCGCCGCCGCCACUUCCUGACAUCAGCCAAACUCCUUCCAACCAAAAUCGAGCCAAUGUCAGGGCAUUUCAGGACCUUUACCCCACACCUUCCUCCUCUUCAGCCUAUCCUUCUGUAGCCUCUUGCAUCUCUGAAUGGGAGCACAGGGUCCCUGUAGACUCAAGCAGCAGAGCUAGGCAUGUUGGGACUCCGCAAUACAGGAGCCGGACUCCCUGCCAAGGCACCAGCAGCGUGGGUCGCAGGAGAGGCCAGCUCUGGGCCCCUGACUCUGAGGCCCCAGCUACGACUCUUGUCUAUGGGUUAAACCUAGAAGCAGGCACAAGGACGUCCACUCCGGUUCAUCUGAUGCACAGGCGCUCACACUCUGCGGGUGGGGAGAAAUGGGUAGACCACAAACCAACUUCUAAUUUGGACCUAGACACAGUCAUGCAGCCAAUCAUACCCAAUGCAAUCAAAGUGUCGGCCCCCAACGAGAAAGCUCUGUCGAAAUGCCAAAAGUAUGUGCUUAGACAUCAAGAGCUUGCCUCUGACGGGGAGAUCGAGACCAAGUUGAUCAAGGGCAAUGUGUUCAAGACCAGAAGUGGUGGACAAGCUGUUCAGUUCACUGACAUUGAGACACUGAAACAAGAGUGCCCAACAGCAUCAAGUCGCAAGAGGCGUUCAGGGUCUGGAGAGGGAUCAGCUCAUAUCGACGACAUAGAAAACAGGGCUCCAGUGACAAGCACAAGUUCAAUCCAUGGCUAUCAAAAACGGAGAAAACCUUGAGCUCCUAGACAACUUAAGGACUUUUUUUUUUCUUGUCUGACUAUCGGAUCAGUGAAGGGACCUCCAUAUGAAACUAUGCAUCCUUUUGGGAGUCUGAACACUCUUUCUCGGAUCUUAUGACAAACUAUUAUAGUGCAAUUAUAAUUUAAUCAAAGCUGUUUUGAUACUGUGCUGGACUAGUGUGCUUUCUUUUUUAUGAAUGCUGGUGUUAUUCAAUCUUACAGACAGGGAAAUAUUUAAAAGCCCAAUAUAAAUAUUCCUUGAAAAUGAAAUGUUUUUUUCACCUAAUCGUUUUCACUGCUUUUUACUGCUACCCAAAGAUUAGAAUAUUUGAGCCUUAGAACAAUAGAAAAUGUAUAUUUUUUUAGUGUUACUGCUUUUUUUUCUUGCUUUUUUCAAUAGGAUUAUUCAUUUAUUAGAUGUUAAACUUAGCACAUAUCUGAUUAUAAAAAAGAGAAACGUACAACACU